AAAUCACUUAUUUUCCAAACAACUGCACCAGGCCGGUAGCCCGGUAGUAUAGGCUUCCCGCGGUCGUUGCCUCAAAAAACUGACCACGAUUCCACAAUGAGAGGACACGUUGGACUGAUGGUCGCCUUGCUCCUCCUGGUAGCGGCCGUUAACGGAGGCGACGACUUCACCGGAGACUCCCCCAAGCUAUCCGGGAUCAUCAUCCCCGGCUUUGCGUCAACUCAACUUAGAGCUUGGUCAAUAUUGGACUGCCCUUACUCGCCUCUCGAUUUCAACCCUCUCGAUUUAGUCUGGCUCGACUCCACCAAACUUCUGUCUGCUGUGAAUUGCUGGCUAAAAUGCAUGAUUUUAGAUCCUUACAAUCAAACGGAUCAUCCAGAGUGCAAGUCUCGUCCUGACAGUGGCCUUUCUGCUAUAUCUGAACUUGAUCCUGGUUAUAUAACUGGUCCCCUUUCAUCAGUGUGGAAAGAGUGGGUGAAGUGGUGCAUUGAAUUUGGUGUUGAAGCUAAUGCAAUUAUUGCAGUUCCAUAUGACUGGAGAUUGCAACCAUCAAAACUCGAGGAGAGAGACCUUUACUUUCACAAACUGAAGCUGACUUUUGAAACUGCUCGUAAACAUCGUGGUGGACCAUCACUAGUUUUUGCACAUUCUUUAGGGAACAAUGUCUUCAGAUACUUCUUGGAGUGGCUGAAACUAGAAAUUGCCCCUAAAAUGUAUCAGCAGUGGCUAGAUGAACAUAUCCAUGCCUAUUUUGCUGUUGGAUCUCCUCUACUUGGUGCAACUGAAUCUGUGAAAGCAGCACUGUCUGGAGUCACAUUUGGUCUUCCUAUAUCUGAGGGAACUGCUCGAUUGAUGUCCAAUUCGUUUGGCUCUUCAUUGUGGAUGCUUCCAUUUUCAAAAUACUGUAAAACAGAUACUGUAUACUCGAUGCAUUUUUCUGGCAGAAGCAGAAAAGGUAAUCACGCAUUCCAUUGUGAUGAGCGUGAGUAUCGAGCAAAUUACUCUGGUUGGCCAACAAAUAUAAUCAAUAUUGAAAUACGUCCAAAUAAAGGAGAUGAGGCUUAUCCAUCCUUUGUGCAAAUUGCAGAAACAAAAUUAUCUGGCAUGGAAUGUGAAUUUCCAACUCAAUUGUCUUUUUCUGCCCGUGAAGUGUCAGAUGGGACUUUUUUCCAAUCAAUAGCAAAUUAUGAUCCUGAUAGCCAAAGGCUCUUACACUUGUUAGAAAAUUCAUAUCAUGGUGACCCAGUCCUAAACCCUUUAACUCCAUGGGAAAGACCACCUCUUAAGAACAUAUUCUGCAUUUACGGAAUUGAUUUGAAAACUGAGGUUGGUUAUUACCUUGCUCCAAGUGGGAAGCCUUACCCUGAUAAUUGGAUCAUAACAGAUGUGAUAUAUGAGACUGAGGGUUCUCUACAUUCUAGGUCAGGUAAUCUGGUUGAAGGUAACCCUGGUGCAGCUAGUGGAGAUGAGACGGUGCCAUACCAUUCCCUCUCUUGGUGCAAGAAUUGGCUUGGCCCUAAAGUGAACAUUACAAGGGCUCCUCAGUCAGAGCAUGAUGGUUCGGAUGUACAAAUCCAUUUGAGCGUAGACCACCAACACGGUGAAGAUAUCAUUCCCAACAUGACUAGGUCACCUAGGGUGAAGUACAUAACCUAUUACGAAGAUUCUGAAAGUCUUCCUGGGAGGAGGACAGCAGUCUGGGAGAUUGAUAAAGCGAAUCACAGAAAUAUUGUCAGAUCCCCGGUUUUGAUGCGAGAGUUAUGGCUUGAGAUGUGGCAUGAUAUUCACCCUGAUAAGAAAACAGAGUUUGUCACAAAAGAAAAGCGAGGCCCCCUGAGAGAUGAUGACUGCUACUGGGAUUAUGGAAAGGCUCGAUGUGCAUGGGGAGAGCAUUGUGAAUACAGAUAUAAUUUUGGGGAUGUUCACCUGGGACAAAGUUGUAGAUUGAGGAACACUUCAGCAGAUCUCUUGCUGCGAUAUGUAUAAAAAAUAAUGAUACCAACACACAUUGCAAGCAACCUGUUUGCACUUCUAUUGUAUUCUCAUGAUAGAUGAUGCUCCCAUCCCUUGUACAUGAAAGAGAAAUUUUGUAGAUAAAAGCCUGCUACUCAUGGCGGUUUUCUGGUGUGGGCUGACCAGUGUUAGAGGAAUAAAUGAUUUUGCAUCAUCAAAUUUGAUCCGAUUCUUUGAGGGCUUUCAAAAUUUGACACCCAGGUUAUCUUUGAGAGCUUUCAUGACAUGUAGCCUUGUUUGUAAGAAGUGAUGAGCUUGACUGGAUCUAAAAUUAAUCAUCUUAUUUGAAAUGUUACUAAUUGUAAUUUUCCAAUUCAUCACUUUAAUUUACUGCAAAAUUAUGUCAAGUUUACGCUCCCGUUUACUGCAAAUGGGCCUACUUUUGAUUUAACAUUGGGUAAUUCUAUGUACACACAUGUUUUUACUAAAUACACACAUUUUUAUAAUUCCCAGUUUGCC